GGUCCGCCGCCAUUUUGUUUGCGUGAGGGGUGCGCGGGCCCUGUGCGGGAAGCGGGGGGCGGCUGAGGGGGCGGGAAGCGGCGGCGGAGACCCGCGGUCAAGCCGAGCGCUCGGACCGGAAAAAGACAGCGAGGGCGGGCUGAACGCCAGCCUGGCGGCCCUGCCCCAUCCUCGGCAACCAUGUACAUCAAGCAGGUAAUCAUCCAGGGCUUUCGAAGCUACAGGGACCAAACCAUUGUGGACCCAUUCAGCUCUAAACACAAUGUCAUUGUGGGAAGAAAUGGAUCUGGAAAAAGCAACUUUUUUUAUGCAAUUCAGUUUGUCCUCAGUGAUGAGUUUAGUCAUCUUCGCCCAGAGCAGAGACUGGCUUUGUUGCAUGAAGGUACAGGUCCUCGUGUUAUCUCAGCAUUUGUGGAGAUUAUAUUUGACAAUUCCGACAACAGGUUACCGAUUGAUAAAGAGGAAGUGUCACUUCGGAGAGUCAUUGGAGCCAAGAAGGACCAAUAUUUCUUAGACAAGAAAAUGGUGACGAAAAACGAUGUCAUGAAUCUUCUUGAAAGUGCUGGAUUUUCUCGCAGUAAUCCCUACUAUAUUGUCAAACAAGGAAAGAUCAACCAGAUGGCCACAGCUCCUGACUCUCAAAGACUGAAGUUACUAAGAGAAGUAGCUGGUACCAGAGUGUACGAUGAACGUAAAGAGGAGAGUAUUUCACUAAUGAAAGAAACAGAGGGCAAGCGAGAGAAAAUCAACGAGUUGUUGAAAUACAUUGAAGAGCGACUGCAUACUCUAGAAGAGGAGAAAGAGGAGCUGGCACAGUACCAGAAAUGGGAUAAAAUGAGGAGAGCAUUAGAAUACACCAUUUACAAUCAGGAACUUAAUGAAACUCGAGCUAAGCUUGAUGAGCUUUCUGCUAAACGAGAGACAAGUGGAGAAAAAUCAAGGCAGCUGAGAGAUGCACAGCAAGAUGCUAGAGAUAAAAUGGAGGAAAUAGAACGGCAAGUUCGAGAACUGAAGACAAAGAUUUCUGCAAUGAAAGAAGAGAAAGAGCAACUUAGUGCUGAAAGACAGGAGCAGAUUAAACAGAGGACUAAAUUAGAGCUGAAGGCUAAAGAUCUACAGGAUGAAUUAGCAGGAAACAGUGAGCAAAGGAAAAGACUGCUAAAAGAGAGGCAAAAACUUCUUGAGAAAAUCGAGGAGAAGCAGAAAGAAUUGGCCGAAACAGAGCCAAAAUUUAACAGCGUAAAAGAGAAAGAAGAGCGGGGAAUUGCUAGACUCGCACAGGCUACACAAGAAAGAACAGAUCUUUAUGCAAAGCAAGGUCGAGGGAGCCAGUUUACUUCCAAAGAGGAAAGGGAUAAGUGGAUAAAGAAAGAACUGAAGUCUUUAGAUCAAGCCAUCAAUGACAAGAAGCGGCAGAUUGCAGCUAUACACAAGGACUUGGAGGAUACAGAGGCAAACAAGGAGAAGAACUUGGAGCAGUACAGUAAACUGGACCAGGAUCUUAAUGAAGUGAAGGCUCGUGUUGAAGAAUUGGACAGAAAAUACUAUGAAGUGAAAAAUAAAAAGGAUGAACUACAGAGUGAAAGAAAUUACCUAUGGAGAGAAGAGAAUGCAGAACAACAAGCUCUUGCUGCAAAGAGGGAGGAUCUAGAAAAGAAACAGCAGCUUCUCAGAGCAGCAACAGGAAAGGCCAUUUUGAAUGGUAUAGACAGCAUAAACAAAGUUUUGGAGCACUUCCGUCGAAAAGGCAUAAACCAGCACGUUUUGAACGGCUACCAUGGGAUUGUCAUGAACAACUUCGAAUGUGAGCCAGCAUUCUACACCUGCGUUGAAGUCACUGCAGGGAACAGGUUGUUUUAUCACAUUGUGGAUUCUGAUGAGGUCAGUACAAAGAUCCUAAUGGAAUUUAACAAAAUGAACCUUCCUGGAGAAGUUACUUUCCUCCCUUUGAACAAGCUGGAUGUUAGAGAUACUGCUUAUCCUGAGACUAAUGAUGCUAUUCCUAUGAUCAGUAAACUGAGAUACAAUCCAAGAUUUGAUAAAGCUUUCAAACAUGUUUUUGGGAAGACUUUAAUUUGUCGUAGCAUGGAAGUGUCUACCCAGCUGGCCAGAGCUUUCACAAUGGAUUGUAUCACUCUGGAAGGUGAUCAAGUCAGCCAUCGAGGUGCUUUGACUGGAGGUUAUUAUGACACCAGGAAGUCUCGGCUUGAAUUGCAAAAAGAUGUUAGAAAAGCAGAAGAGGAACUUGGUGAACUCGAAGCAAAGCUCAAUGAGAACUUACGUAGAAACAUUGAGAGGAUUAAUAAUGAGAUUGACCAGCUAAUGAACCAAAUGCAGCAAAUUGAAACACAGCAGAGAAAAUUCAAAGCCUCUCGAGACAGUAUUUUGUCAGAGAUGAAAAUGCUGAAGGAGAAGAGGCAGCAGUCUGAAAAGACAUUUAUGCCUAAGCAACGUAGCCUGCAGAGCCUGGAGGCAAGUUUACAUGCCAUGGAGUCAACUAGAGAAUCGUUAAAAGCAGAACUGGGGACAGAUUUGUUGUCUCAGCUCAGUCUUGAAGAUCAGAAACGUGUGGAUGCUCUUAAUGAUGAAAUCCGACAACUACAGCAAGAAAACAGACAGCUUUUGAAUGAGAGGAUUAAAUUAGAAGGCAUUAUCACAAGAGUUGAAACAUACCUCAAUGAGAAUCUGAGAAAACGCUUGGACCAAGUAGAACAAGAACUGAAUGAGCUUCGAGAAACAGAAGGUGGCACAGUUCUUACUGCCACAACAUCAGAACUUGAGGCUAUCAACAAACGAGUGAAGGAUACACUGGCACGGUCAGAUGAUCUGGAUAACUCUAUUGACAAAACAGAAGCAGGAAUUAAAGAACUUCAGAAGAGCAUGGAACGUUGGAAGAACAUGGAAAAGGAGCAUAUGGAUGCUAUUAACCAUGAUACAAAAGAACUUGAAAAAAUGACAAACAGGCAAGGCAUGCUCCUCAAGAAGAAAGAGGAAUGCAUGAAGAAAAUACGAGAGUUGGGUUCACUUCCACAGGAGGCUUUUGAAAAGUAUCAGACUUUAAGUUUAAAGCAGUUAUUCCGCAAGCUGGAGCAGUGCAAUACUGAACUGAAGAAAUACAGUCACGUUAAUAAAAAAGCUUUAGAUCAGUUUGUGAAUUUCUCAGAGCAAAAGGAAAAAUUGAUAAAAAGACAAGAGGAACUGGACAGGGGCUACAAAUCCAUCAUGGAGCUGAUGAAUGUCCUUGAGCUCAGGAAAUAUGAGGCUAUUCAGCUGACUUUCAAGCAGGUGUCAAAAAAUUUCAGUGAAGUAUUCCAAAAGUUAGUACCUGGUGGCAAGGCCACAUUGGUGAUGAAGAAAGGAGAUGUGGAGGGCAGCCAGUCCCAGGAUGAAGGUGAAGGCAGUACUGAGAGCGAAAGGGGAUCUGGAUCUCAGAGCAGUGUUCCAUCUGUAGAUCAGUUCACUGGAGUUGGCAUAAGGGUAUCAUUCACAGGAAAGCAGGGUGAAAUGAGAGAAAUGCAGCAACUUUCAGGUGGACAGAAAUCUUUAGUGGCCCUGGCCCUAAUAUUUGCCAUCCAGAAAUGUGAUCCAGCUCCGUUUUACUUGUUUGAUGAAAUCGACCAAGCCUUGGAUGCCCAGCAUAGAAAAGCUGUGUCAGAUAUGAUUAUGGAACUAGCUGAACAUGCUCAGUUUAUUACAACAACUUUUAGGCCAGAACUGCUUGAGUCGGCUGACAAGUUCUAUGGUGUAAAAUUCAGAAACAAGGUCAGUCAUAUUGAUGUGAUCACAGCAGAAAUGGCCAAAGACUUUGUAGAAGAUGACACCACGCAUGGUUAAAGAAACUUGUAAUUACUGCUUAUUUGGAAGAUGUGUAUAGUGCUAUGUUUAUGCCAGGGACCUGUACAUUUAAAAGAGGAAGUAUUUAGUCCUUGUUUAAAAUAGUUUUUGAACACACAUUUUAACCAAGACCCCAGAAGGCUUAGUUUCAAAUGAGCUUGAGUAUCCAUUUUGUCUCUGUUGCUGUAUUUUAUAAGAUAAUUGUUAAUGUUACCUUUAUACAAUACUUGUAGUUUGGAAAUUUUAUUCUCUUCCUUCAAAUCUUUUGUAAAGUGUUUGUUGCUGUUUUAAAGCUUUUCAAAAAGUGCUAGCUAUUACUUCUUAAGUAUAGUUUUAUCAUUUAUAUUGCCUCACUUUUUUUUUAAUGGCUUCAAUUAAAAUGGUUGGUUUUAUGGCUGUAA